AUUUUUUUUCAAUAAUAACUUUGAAAGAAGGAAGACGAACGAAGACGGUUUCUUUUUAUUCAAACUACUUUUCCUAAUGGAUAAAGGAGAACUAGGAGAAGACGUUGUAUCCAUGGUAGAUGUCCUUCAAGAGGACAAUGAUUUAGAGGAAGAAGCGAAUGCGGUUUUUGGGGAUAGUGACGACCAACAUUGCACAUAUCCCAAGGGCUACCUAAGUCGACAGGCAUUGUAUUCGUGCAGUACUUGUAUUCCGGCCACCUCAGAACCAGCUGGAGUGUGUCUCGCCUGUAGUCUUACCUGUCAUGAUGGACAUGAGCUGUAUGAACUCUACACAAAAAGGAAUUUCAGAUGUGAUUGUGGUAACUCAAGAUUUAAAGGGAUUAUGAAGUGUAAGCUUUGUCCUGACAAGGACAAAACAAACAGUAAAAACAGUUACAAUCAGAACUUUAAAGGAGUAUAUUGCACAUGCCAUAAGCCAUAUCCAGAUCCUGAGGAUGAGAUUGAAGAUGAGAUGAUACAAUGCGUGGUGUGUGAGGAUUGGUAUCAUUCACGGCAUCUUGGAUCUUUACCACCAGCUGAGGGGGAUUUUCAGGAAAUGAUCUGUGACGCAUGCAUGGAAAGAUGUCCAUUUCUGCAGGCUUAUCUGUCUCUCUCAGCACCAAGCCAAACAGGUCUUGGACCAAGCCAGCAAGUAAUAACAAAGGAAGAAAAAGAUUUCACAGUUGAUGUUGUCAAAAGUGAAAAGACAGAGAGUACAAAGGCAGAGGCAGAAAGUGAAGCAAAUGAUGUGAAAACACGAGAUAAUCAAACAUCAUGUGGAAAGGAAGCCGAGUCAAAGCAAACUGUAUCUUCAUUGUCAUCAAGUGAUGAAACUAAGAAGCAAGUCAAUGGAGAAGAGGAUGAGUCUAAGAAAGAUGCUGUAAAGAAUGAACAAAGAGCUGCAGAAUGUGACUGUAAAUUAUUUCAGUUGCAAGCCAGCAUCACUGAAAUCAGAAGUGCUGCUUCUUUCUGGAAUACUGGUUGGCGAUGUCAGUUAUGUACUUGUAACAGCUGUAAGGACCUGUACAGUUCACUUGGUGUGUCUUUCUUGAUGGAUGAACAAGACACCAUAGUGGCUUAUGAAGAAAGAGGAAAGCAAGCACAAGCAUCAAAGAUGACAUCAUAUGAAAGUGGCAUGCAGGCACUGGAGGGUAUGGGAAGAAUAAACCAAGUGGAAGCAAUCCAUGGAUAUAAUGACAUGAAGAAUGAACUUACUGAUUACCUGAGGGAGUUUGCUGAUCAAGGAAAGGUGGUUACGUCUGAAGAUAUCAAGAGCUUCUUCGAUUCAAUGCAGUCAAGAAAGAGACAGCGAACAGGCUCAGCAAGUACUAUACAAUACCAGUGCAAAUAGUGACUACACUAGAGAUAACAGAACUGUUGAUAAGAUACGUAUACUGCACCUUUGAAUAAAAAAAGGGAUUUCAACGAGGCCAUCAACAUGAGGUAGGGUGAUCCUACUGCAGUGGUGGUUCCAGGAGUGGUCUGCUGGUUCCAUGGAACCCCCAACAUGUUCUUUACAGUAUAAUGAAAUUACCCCCCCCACCUUGUGAAACCAAUCUUACCAGCUUUUUCUGCAUGGCGGACAUUUUGGAACCCCUAUUUUAAAAUCCUGGAUCCACCACUGUACUGUUAGGGCAAACUCGUCUCAAGAAAACGAAGGACUUCCUUGCACCAGGACCACCGUACCUUGUAAACGGCCUCUCAAAGAACUAAAAAGGGAUUCUGAUUUCUUCCUAGCCUACCUUUUGCAAAUUUUUCACAAAAUUGACAAAUAUCUUGAGCCACUGUAGACCAGAUUUAAGAAAUCGUUAUGAAAAGCAAGUGAGUAGUGAGGGUAGGGCGAGCAGAGUGCCCCCCCCCCCCAAAAAAAAGAAUUUGACUACAAAUCAUAUAUACUUAAUUUCGAGUUAGGCUUUGCUCAACCCUAGUCUCGAUGGUAUGCAAUUAUGUUUCUUUUAUUAAGGUCCAUUGUAUAGUAAAUGUACGUACUACGAAACAAUACAAGUGGAUUAAAAUCCUACGGGUUGUCUUUUAAUUGGCUGACUAUUUUUAAAUACAACCGAGGCUAAGGCUGAGCGAACUCGAAACUGGAGUAUUUCCCUUUUCGCCCUGUUUUGUUGGGCUUCCUAUGGAUUUGGCGGGAAUUUUCGCGCCAAAAUACGUGUGCAUGAUCUCCAACUCUGGUUCUCUCUUUACGCCACUGAUGAAAAGCUGAACAUUUGUCUUCCCAGCAGUAUAAAAAAAGGGAAAAAAAGAUAUAUAUAAUACUAGAUAUUUAGCAUAGGUUUACUUAAUUUCAGAAGCACCAAAAAUGUUGUUAAUUAAGAGAUGCUAUUUGUUAAAUGUUUCGUUUGUGCAAGAAAAAGUGCUGAAAGCUUUCAGUUUUUUCAGCGAAAACGUCUUUUUUACCAGUCUCCUUAAGAAUGCGCUCAGUUGUCAUCGCGCCAAUAUAGGUUUUGUUGGAUUGGAUCUUGGAAGGCAUGGACUGUGAUCUGGGUGGCUCUAACUUCCUGCCUUCCGGGGUGUUAUUGAGUGUAUUUUCGUUCUUCUAAGCCAAGGAAGUUUUCCCAUCAUUUUUGUACGAAUUUUUGACAAGCAAAGAGAAAAGAUGACCGGAUUGACAAAAGAUUGAAUGUGAACGAGAAGGACAAAGACAUGAUGGAUUACCAUGGUAACAUCAUUCUUCCAUUCCUUUCCUUUUGCAAAGAUUAUGACAUUUAUGAACAAGACCGAGAAGCUCUGGGAACGAGACUGCCCCAUAGUUCUGUCAUUCUAUUAAGUCGAACAUGCGCAGUAAGAAUGACAGGAUUUUAGGGAUGAGAGUAAAACCGCGCGGGAAUCCCUCGAUCGAUGCGAGAUGCGCCGUAAGUAGGCAGCAUCCUUGAGAUGACUGUCAACUUUUGAAAAUGGAGCUACUACGUACAUUACUACAAGCAUGUUUGCUAAUUCUAACAUGCUCUUUCUUGCUAGCGUAAUCAUUAUCCUUUAAUUUAAGGACACUGCAUUCUGAUUGGCUGCGCGAGCGGGCGGUAUUUUCUAUCUCUUAUCGCGGCCCGGUAGUAUCCUGGGAUAACGGAUUGCUAAACAAGUUAAAAAGUAAAUGUAAAAAAAAAGGUUAUUUACCUUCCUAAAGUGGGUCCGAAUAUUGACAAACUGUGUUCUCGGCCCGUUGAAUAUUUUCAACACGUCGGGCACGCUUUUUCCCUAUCCGGACCUCCUGGCCGGUAAAUAAUAUUUGUGUACGGUGUGUUUUGGAGACCUUUAGAAUUACGUGAUAAAAACACAUUGCUUCAAUCCCAUGCCCUCACGCGAUAAUUUUGACGGCGACCAUAACAUUUCGGAAUCAAACUAUUAAGAUGGUGCUUUGGUUGUUAAUAUAUAAAAAAACAAAGUUUAUAAAAAAUACAAUUCGGACUAAAAAAAUACAAUUCAGCUUUAAAAAACUGUGCAAAUAGUUUGCAACUAUUAAAGUAAUGCUUGGCCAGCUGUAACUCCAUCUUCGAUUCCACACUCGUCAGCCCCACGACGAAUCUUGAAAUAACCUGCAACAAUAACAGUAUUUUCUUAAAAUAGAAGAAAACAAAGAAAAGAAGCUAUCUCCGAAGAAGGAAGGAAACAAACCUACCUUGCAAUCCCCAGGUUGUACCCCAAGAAUUUGCACAAAGCUGGAAAGUAAAAAAAGCGAUGUAUAGACUUAGUCACUUAGAAAUAUCAAGCGAUUGAUGAACAUAACAUGAAAAAUUUAUCAUCAUGCAGAAAAAUCUAUAGAUAAUACACCCAAAUGCAUGUGGUUGUACGCGGGAAGUCAUGAGAAAAAUUGUCUUUCUACCACGUGUAUUUACAAAUUUUAUUAGCCAAGCUUUCGCACAACUAGGUAAUACGUUCACACAAGAUAUCAGCCAAUCAUUGAGAAGCAAGAUUGUCUGUGGCGUAUCGAGAGUACAAGAGUUGGAGGGGCAAGGGGGAGAGGUCAUCAUCCUCGCUUCGCACCUGAAGAUAGCGAACAAAGUGUACAUAACAAAUGCUUUAACUCGUAAAGAUGAUCCAGUUACUAACCCAGUAUGGAACACCAUUCUCUGUACCCCAUCUAAAAAGAUAAAAUAAAUUAACACGAGCAUUUUGUCAUGUAAACACCACCAACGUGACCAUCAACCACCAUCAUCACAUGGAGGCGAUGAUGGAGGUCCGAUGAUGGAUAAUGAUAAUAAUAAAUAUUUAUAACAGCAAUAGUUACCCUGAAUAAAAUCACAUGGAAGUGA